AUCCCCGUGGGAAGGAUUUUAAUUCAAAUUUAUUCCAAAAGUUUAAUUAUGGUUGUGUUUCAAAAGAGUCUUUACACCUACUGUCACGUUUAACGCUUAAAGUUUUCGUCACAGUUUGUGGUUUACAUAGAAUGUUCUACCUUGAAAAAAAGAUUCGUGAAUCAAAACAUUUCAGACAUUUCUGAAGAAAUUUAAUCUCCUUAUUUCUGUCAGCAUGUCUGAUUUUUUCCAAGUUAACACAGAUGCUCAACAAGACUAUAUUCUUGUCAGAACUCUUGGUAGAGGAGCAUUUGGCGAAGCAAAUCUUUACAGGAAAAUUGAGGAUAACAGUCUUGUUGUGUGGAAAGAAAUUGAUCUGUCAAAGGCUAACGAAAAAGAAAGGCAAAAUGCAAUGAAAGAAAUUGAAAUCUUGUCAUUGCUUAAUCAUGCCAACAUUGUUGCCUACUUUAAUCAUUUUAUGGAUGAAAGUUUGCUUCUCAUUGAGAUGGAAUAUUGUAAUGGUGGAAGUCUUCAUCAGAAGAUUCGUCAGGCUACAUCAUUAUUUGAAGAAAGCGAUAUCAUUCAGGACUUUUAUCAACUUAUCAGUGCUGUUGCACAUUUACAUGAAAAUGAUAUACUGCAUAGAGAUAUAAAGACCCUGAACAUAUUCUUGACAAAAUCUGGUUUGCUCAAACUAGGAGAUUUUGGCAUAUCCAAAGUCCUUCAGGAUCCAAACGAGAUGGCUGAAACAGUAGUUGGUACUCCAUAUUAUAUGUCUCCAGAAUUGUGUAAAGGAGAAAGAUAUGAUUCGAAAAGUGAUAUAUGGGCUGUUGGCUGCGUCCUCUACGAACUACUGACUUUAAAGAAAGUUUUUGAUGCAACGAACCAACUGAAAUUAAUCUGGGACAUUGUGAAAGGAAAAUAUGAAGAUAUCAGUGAUGUUUAUUCUUCUGACAUACGAAAUCUUUUAAACAGUCUCUUAUGUCAGAAUCCAAAUGAACGACCAUCCGCUGACGAAGUACUUCAAAAUCAUUUGCUUUGCUCUAUUGAAGUAGAGAUGUUGAAAAAGAUACGGAAGUUAAAUACCACAGCUAGACUAACAAGAUUGACGUCAGGUGGUGUUGAGCUUGUUCAACCUGUGGUCUCUUCAAGAAUUAGUGAGGUUUAUUGUUGGGGUGGAGGUAAACAAACACCUCAAAAAAUUGAUGUUUUUCAAGGAGGAAACGCAGUUUUGCAGGUUGCAGCCGGGCGAUCUCAUUUCGCUGUCAUCAAUGUUGAAAAAGAAAUGUACACAUGGGCGGCUUCUCAAACAAUGAAUGAAAUGGUUGGACAGCUUGGUCAUGGCUCUUCAGCAUCCUGUCGCACUCCUAAGAUUGUUGAUAAACUUCACGGAAUAGCCAUUACGCAAAUUGCUUGUGGCGAAGACUUCACUGCUUGUGUUUCAAGUGAAGGUCACCUGUUCAUGUUUGGUUCUGACUACUAUGGUUGCCUUGGUUGCGAUAAAAAGUUUGGUGACAAAAUCUCCCAACCUACGCUUGUGGAAUACUUCAAGGGAGAUUUUGUAAAACAAGUGUCCUGUGGUGAUUGUCACGUGGUUGCAUUGACUGAAUCUGGAGUUUAUUCGUGGGGAUGUGGGGAACAAGGACGCCUUGGCUUAGGAAAUGAAGAAGAUUUUUCAACGCCACAAAAGGUUAAUCCUCCGACUGAUAAAAUCAAAAGUGUAUGUUGUAGCAACGAUGGCACUUUCUUGCUGACAUCAUCCGGCCGAGUUAUUGCCUUUGGCAACAACGAAAACAAUAAUCUCGCUCUUGAUACACCACAAAACUUAAAGAAACGGAAUACGAAUAACGCUGGAACUGUUUAUUCUGUGAACAUCCCAAUUGUUGUGCGAUCUCUAUCAAGAUAUUGUAUUGGUAUAAUUGCUGCAGGGAAGACUCACUCAGCGUUUGUAGAUGUUUACGGUCAACUUGUUACGGUUGGUGAUAAUACAUAUGGACAGUUGGGAAUUGGCAACAAGAAGCGACACGAAGGUCCUUGUCGUGUUCUCGGAAAUUUAGCUGGUGAUAGAGUUUUAUAUGUUUCGUGUGGUGAUGGUUAUACAAUUGCCUCUACUGCAAAGAACCAAGUGUUUUCGUGGGGCCGCGGUGAUAACGGAUCGUUAGGCAUACCAGUUGAUAAAUUUACCAAAAAAACUAAAGAUGGGGUCCCACUGACGUCUUUACCCAAGCCGAUAUUUAGCUCAUUGUACGCUGUCACAAGUCUAGCAUCUCGUUAUUGGCAUACAAUUAUUGUUGCAGACCGUAUUUUGGGAAGUCGUGCUAUCAAAACACAAAGUGCCACAAACUCACCUCGAUCUAUUUCUAUUGAAUCAAACAAAACAAAUGAUGUGGGUGAUUCGUUUUCUUCACCGAGUUUUAAAACGCCAUCUUCCAGCAGCGACGAUUUUUUCACCAGAACUCGGGAUUCUGGUGCCAGAAAUAUUUUAACAGAUGACGAAGUAGAGACACCAAGAUCUCUUCAAGAUGAGUUUGUAGAUGCUGUUUCAGCAGAAAAUGAUGAACUACAAAUUGGAAGACAUCUAACUAUUACCGAUUCAAGCAGUAAUGUUCCAGAAUGGCUGAGAAAGGAGUUAUUGGAUGCUGAUCAAUUUAUUCAGAAAAAUCAUCGCUCCAGGCAGAAUGAAAGUGUUGAUGGAAAGAUUAUGCCAUCCCCUGACGAAGUGAAAGUCUCGUGUAAAUCGGUAGGAAUACAGACAGAAGAAAGGGAGUAUGAAUAUGAUAACGAAAAUUUAACCAGGAAAGAAUUAUUGGAAUACAUUGCUCAUUAUAAACAUGAAAAUAAUAUGCUUGUGCGAAGGAAUGCGGAACAAAAGGAUAUAAUAGGGUUACUGCAAGCAAAAUUGAAUGAAAUUUCAACAAUGAAAAACUAACUUAGCUCUAAUGUAUGAUGAUAGAGUUUUUUGUCUGAAUAUUUGAUUUAAUUAGUGCGUGAAUUGAUGUUUGAAAGCCUUUGUGAUCUAGGUAAAAAAUAUUUGUACUUUGUCAUUGUAAAUGAUAGGCCAUCUUGAAUGGAAUGCAGCUCUUAAUAUAUUUGGUGAACUAACUGAACUUUGCUCCAUCUCAACGACAAACAGAUAUUUUGCGUGGAUUUUAAAAGUAGUUGAAUUUGAAGAAAUACUAGAAAUUUCAUAUUAUAUGUUUAAAAAUUA